CCUAUUCUCCUCUGCCUUGGAGCGCAACACCAUAAUGUAUGCAUCAUUCAAGUGCACCGAUUGGUAGAAUUUACAGUCAAUUCGGAAACAUAUAGAAUAGUACUACACUCGCUAAUAUAGCAUAGGGGUAGAAAUUGCGUUUUGUUACUUUUCAGAUCAAGUUCCGUAUUUCGGGGGUUUUGCUGAAAAUGAACGGUGGGAUUUCAGCAGUUUGUGCUAAGCUUCUGCUGCAACAUGUCAAAGGCAAAGCGAUGAAUGCGUGGCUGAUGGUAUCUUUCCUCGGAGUCUGUGUGGCAGCGUUUGGGCCAAGUACAAAGGAGGAUGAGGACUAUGAAGACGUCCCGAUAAACAAGACCUGGGUUUUAUCGCCCAAGGUCUAUGAGAGCGAUGUCACCUUGAUCUUAAAUAGAUUGCUACAGGGCUAUGACAACAAACUCCGGCCUGACAUAGGAGUAAGGCCUACAGUGAUCGAGACAGCGGUGUAUGUCAACAGCAUCGGACCAGUAGAUCCUAUUAACAUGGAGUACACUAUAGACAUCUUCUUUGCCCAGACCUGGUACGACAGCCGCCUUAAGUUCAACAGUUCCAUGAAAGUCCUGAUGCUCAACAGCAACAUGGUGGGAAAAAUCUGGAUUCCUGACACCUUCUUUCGUAAUUCUAGAAAGUCUGACGCCCACUGGAUCACCACACCGAACCGCCUGUUACGACUGUGGAACAAUGGGAGAGUGAUGUACACUCUUAGGUUGACUAUUAAUGCGGAAUGCUACCUUAAGCUGCAUAACUUUCCUAUGGACGAGCACUCGUGUCCGCUGGAGUUUUCGAGCUAUGGCUAUCCUAAAAAUGAGAUUGUGUAUCGUUGGCAAAAGCGUCCUGUGGAAGUGGCUGACCAAAGGUACUGGAGACUAUACCAGUUUGCGUUUGUUGGUUUACGGAACACAAUAGACAUGGCCCAUACACAGUCAGGAGAAUAUGUCAUCUUAACAAUUUUCUUCGACCUAAGCCGUAGAAUGGGCUACUUCACCAUUCAGACUUACAUCCCCUGCAGCAUGAUUGUGGUUCUGUCAUGGGUCUCUUUCUGGAUCAACAAAGAUGCUGUCCCGGCCAGAACCUCCCUAGGAAUCACCACGGUGCUUACCAUGACCACGCUAAGCACCAUUUCAAGAAAGUCGCUUCCCAAGGUAUCCUAUGUGACGGCCAUGGACCUAUUUGUGUCGGUCUGCUUCAUCUUCACAUUUGCUGCUCUGAUGGAAUAUGGAACUCUACAUUACUUCACCAGCAACAGGCAGAGCAAGAAGGACAAGGAUAAAAACGCUCAGCAGAAAUCCAGCAGCAUGGUGAACAUUAGGCCUGGGACUUCACUACUUCAGAUGAAUAACAUUGCCCCCUACCAAGAUGAAGAUGAUUAUGCCUAUGAGUGUCUGGAUGGGAAGGACUGCACCAGCUUCUUCUGCUGCUUUGAUGACUGUCGCACAGGUGCCUGGCGUGAAAACCGGAUGCAUGUCAGAGUCUCAAAGAUUGAUUCCUACUCUAGAAUAUUUUUCCCUACCGCCUUUGGUCUUUUCAACCUUGUCUACUGGAUUGGGUAUCUGUACUUAUAAAUCUAGUCUAUCAUAGUGGAGCAAUAGCCUUUUACUGAAGAUGAAACAGGUCAAGAUGUUGUUUUCUCUUAACUUUCUAUUGUUGCCACAGUAGAUGGUAAGACAGGACAUAUUGCCUCAGUAUAUUGCUUCGUACAUUGCAGACAGUAAACAAUAGGUAGCCUAAAAUAGCAUAUUUUCCCCAUAUCUGAACAUCUCCAAUGUUUAUGUCUUUUUCUAGGCGAUGACUCACAGAUUGAGACAGCAGUGUUGAACAGUGCAGACUGUAGGUCAUAUUCACCAGCCAUUGCAUGUUUGGUUCCUGAUUCCAAAUCUGCAGAUGAAAUAAAUUGUGAUACGCAAUGUUUUUUCCCCCAACAGCCUAGUUUUGUAACCCCUUUGUUGUUCUAAAUUCCAUAAUAUAUUUGACUAUAUAAAUAUUCAAUACAUAAAAAAAUGUAUAAGCUUAAAAUAGUCUUCUAAAUGAAAAUGUAAUUUCCUCCGGCAGUAAAUCCUAACAACUUAUUUCCAUAAAGAUUGAUACGGUUAAUCAAUCAUUUGAAGUCUGUAGUAAGUCCAUGUUUCUGGAAAAAAAAACAUUAUUGAAUAGCAUUCAUAUUCAUACUAUAAUAUUCAAAAAAUAUUUCCCAUUAUCUCUCUCGUAAUGUGAUUACCCCAAAUUGGGAGCUGUAAAAAAGGCCUUCAUCAUUAUCCAAUAUAAAGCAGCAAUAAACGAUUGUAGGAAAAUAAACUUUUAUUUAGGCUAUACUGAAACUAGAACUAGAAGCUUUCCAUCCCUCCUCUAGAUUAAUACCAUGAGGCACAUUGUGUUGCAUUUGUUACACCUUUAAUCUCUCUUGGACUGAUUCUCAAUAAAUAAUCUACUAAAUAUUUAAUACAUUUGGAAAUAUUGUAAUUGUUAAAAAUAUAUAAACAUCAUUGAUUACUUCAUAUAUAACCUGAAUAUAGGUUUAUUGCUUCAUGAGGCUGCAUUAUUUAUGCUAAAAUGUAGCUGGGAAUAUAUUCUCCUAACCAUAACUGUUACACACCUUUUUUACAUACAGUACGAUGCAAAAGUAUUCAAACCCUGACCAAUUCUCAGAUUUUUCUGAUUUAUUUCAACAUUUUAUUUUAAAACUUUGACACUCAAAGAAAAUUAUUCUAUGGCGACAUUGGUUUUAUGUUGGGAAAGAUUUGUAAGAAAAAUACUGUACCAAACUGAAGUAUGUUCCUUGCAUAAUUAUUCAACCCCCAAACAUUGAUAUUUGGUGUUUUGGUAAGUAUCAGAUUUGCACAUAGUGUCUGAAAGAUUUUCGCCCAUUCUUCGUGGCAGAUUUUCUCCAGGUUGUUCAGGUUGGUUUGGUGACACUUAUGUACCACAGUUUUCAAAUAGUGUGACAGAUUCUCAAUAGGAUUGUUGAUUAGGAAUUGCAAGUGGAUGCAACAUUAUACCACUUACAGCCACUGAACUCUGUAAGUACUUCAAAGUGAUGGUUGGCCCCUCUGUAGUUUCUCUCACAAGUGUACCAUUUCUUUGAGCGCAAUUUUUUUUAAUCAAUUAUCAAGAAAACAAAUAAACCAUUGGUGCCGUGUUAGAUUGUGUGGAGUUUUUCAUCUUCGGUUUAGCAUUUUUGUAGCUGCUGUUAAACCAGCAAGCCACACAUUUUUUGUUGCAUCGACGAUGAUAGAGAUGUGCUAUUGAUGAACAGUAAAACUAGUAUUUGUGACAAAGAUACUGUAAUUCUUUACCAGAAAUAAUAGACCUGAGGACAAUUCCACAUUACAAGGACAAGGGAGCCAAUUGCAUUUUGUGAACAAAAAGAGCAUUCAGGGGACGGUAUGCUCUAAAGACAUUUUGUAUCUCUUGUACAGAGCAGUAUAAUUUUUAUGUAUACAGCUAAAAUGAACGAUUUGGUGAAUAAGAUUUAAUGAUACUGUUUCCCUCUGAAUAUCACCUAGUCAGCCAGGCAGAACCUUUUUUCCAAGUUUCACAAAUGUUUUGAUUUAAACUUUGGAUACUUCCAAUCAGUUAAUGGGUGUUUACAUAAAUAAGGUACACAAUAGGCUUUUAAAGCAGCACAUAGGUGAAGAUUUAGGAAAAUAAUAUUUUGGAAAUCAAUAAAAGCACAUAGUCCUUGAGAACCAAACAUAUCUCCAAGUAUGAAUACAAAAAUGAUCCAAUGUAAAUAGGAAAUCAGACUUAUUCCUGUUAAAUUGUUGUAAUUUUUAAAUAGCGGGGUAUGAUGAUACCAAGUAACAUGAGUUUGUCUGCCUCAUUAUUAAUUUCCAUAUACUAAGUUAUUAGUUAUUAUAGGUCCAUAAUGGAGUCCAGCUUGCUUCAAAUGGAUGACAAAAUGAAUAACAAGUGUUUCAAGACUAUUGUGAAGGUCAAUGUAUCUACAAUUUUUAAGAUAAGGAAUGCCAGCUAUCUUAGUGUUAUUAGACUAUUUUAGCAAAGAGCAAAGCAGAUUUUUCUCAUUUAUUUUAUAUCCAGAGAAAGAACUACAUUUAGCAAAUACAUCAAGUACAAUUGGUAGACUUUGUGAAGUGUUAUCAAAAAACUAAAGGAUAUCAUCUGCGUUUAGUGAACUUGAAUGGGAAGAAUCAUUAAUUAGUAUAUGCUUUAUUUGACGCUCUGCUUGUAGAAGAAUAAAAUGUUCACUGAAUAGUGGGUCGCCCUAUCUAGCCGAUCUAGAGAUGGGAAAAUAUGAGCAGUUGUUACCAAAUUUUGUUUGGGGAUAGCCUAUUCUUUGCAUUGCCUGGGUGGUGUGAUAGCUUCUACUUCCUGAUUACUGUGCCAGCUGUGCUCACUGGGAUAUCAAAACACGUAAUUACCAUUUUGUACAAUUUUCCUAAUGUAUGCAUUUGUAUUACUUAAUGUCUAACUUUGGUGGAAUGCUUUUUGGUCUGCCUUUUUCACAGCCUGACCAAUGAUAUUUCUUCAGCAAGGUUUUUAUCCAGAUAAAGUGACAGCCAGUUUAGUGGUUGACAAAUGAAGGCCAGUGUUACUUGUGUCCUCAUUAGGGCAACUUAUUUUGU